AUGAGAACAUCUUCUGUGAAUCUCAUGAUGGCUGCUGUGGCCUUUUUCGAUAUUUGUUCAUUGCUCAGAGAGUUUAAACAGUUUUAUGUUAGACUCAGAGCGCUCUAUGGACCAUGUAUCGUUGCAGAUACAUAUGCCUUUCUUCUUAUAGAGAGCUCACUUUCCACUUUAACCAGCUACUCAAGAAGAUACUCCACGUGGGUAUGUCUCUUGAUUGCAUUCAUCAGGACAAUUGUUGUUCGGAACCCGAUGAGUCGAUUUCAUGAAAACCUCACAAAACCGGCAGCAGGAUAUUUAGUUAUAUUGGGAGUAUUCCUGGCAAGUGCCCCACUUGGAAUUUUGAAGCUGUUGGAGUUCGAGACUGAUUGGUUUGAGACAGUCUCCUAUUGUGAUGAAAACAUUACUACAAGAUUUUAUUACAAUCAUGUGUCGGAUCUUUUUACAGCAAAUAAUCGGAUCAUUCUGAACGCUUUCUAUGCAACAGACGCUGUAGUUUCCAAUGUAAGUGAAAGUAUUUUCAAUUAUUUGUAA